GUAAAAGGUACAAAGACGUCAUAGACGUCGCUUGGUUGUCAACAAAGGUAAACAUAGAAAUUCUGACAAGAACAUUAUGGCUACAAGAACAGGCAGGACUCCUACUAAGGUUCGCGCGAACCGUGAGGCGGUGGCCGAGUAUUUUCACUCUCUGAGGGAGGAACCUGUUAAGGAGGGCUCUGCAUUACAGCAGACACCCAGCGGACUUCAUUUCAAACUCCCAAGUAAACGUCUAGUUUACGAAAGUGGUAAUUAUGCAGUGUUUGAUGUUCGGGACGGAAGUUCCAACAGUGAUGAAUCUAGCUUUCAUAGUUUACGAGAGCAAGAGUCCAUCGACGCUCCCCAAGGGUUUUACUAUGGAGGGGAACAUUUGGCAAAUACUGAAGAAACGUGUCAUGACUCAGAGCAGCAACAUGCAUCCAGAUCAGCUCAGCGUGAAUACUCCCAAAGGCAAAGAAGUAGUUCAGAACGCCGGGCAACGUCUAGCACCAGGGGUUCAGCAUUCACCGCACAGCAGGAUGCUCAUCUAUCUAGAAUGUCAUCUCAGUAUUAUGAUGCAGAAAGUAGACACAAAAGAUCCAUGUCAAACGAUGCAGAUUAUUACAAUGCAAAUGAGAGGUUGAGCCAUGGGAACAUAGGUAGGGAACCACAGCCCGAAUCUUCUCGUAAGGGUGGAGUGAAAGAUGAACAGUACACGUCAAAAUCAACCCCACAACAAGGAACAUACUACAAUUCACAAUAUGAGCGCCAUUACAGGGGACAGCAGAGUAUUAAAGAAGGAAUGUCAAGUGUAGCAGGUACAUCGCAAGGACAAGUAUUUGCUGGCGUCUCUGAUAACGAGGUGGUCAGAAAGCAACGACAAAGUGAAUCAAGCUACGAGGAUGAAAUGCUCAUGAAAGGAUUAGAACAAGUAAUGAACGAAGCCGUAUCUUCAACCAAAGAGAUGAACCAGUUUCUCUAUGAUUUAUGGCGAUCACAACGCAUGUGUGAUAUUAUCAUCAAAGUCAACGAUAAAGAAUUUCACGCCCACAAACUUGCCCUUGCAGCGCACAGUGAGAAGUUCACCAGUCGAUACUGCGAGGAGGCACCGUUGACGAUAUCAGAGGUGAUACUCCCUCAUGCCUCUGCUGAAGCCGCCGAGACUCUGAUAAACUACAUUUACACAAACGAACUCGUCCUCACGGCAGAAAACAUUGAAUCCAUUAUUAUUUGCGCUCGACAACUUGGCAUCAAAAGUGCUUUAAACUUUUGUCAAGAUUUUCUCAACUCGUUUACAAGGGACAGUGUCUUGUUCUUGCUACCGAUUGCUCAGAGACAAGGUUUUACGGAAGUUGCCGAGCGAAUGUUUGGGUUUAUAAAUAAAUGCUCUUUAACAAUGAUGCAGUCGGAGGGAUUUCUGCAGUGUGAAAUGCAUCAAGUUGAAUGGUUAAUCUCCCAAGACCAGCUGGCGAUCACUACUGAGCUUGAGGUGUUUUUUGCUGUCCUCAGAUGGAUCGAUCACGACCAAAAAGAAAGAAUCAAGUACGCCCCUGUCCUCGUUGGGUGUGUUCGAUUGAUUUACAUCAGUCCAGACGAUCUUGUCAAACACGUUGAGCCAGAGAGACACAUUUUCAGCAUACAGAAAUGUUUUGAAAUGCUGUACUUUGCUUUCAGAUAUCACGCUAUAAAGUUAGGCGGAAGCACGUUAUAUACGAUAAUGAAAGUACCCCCUCCCAGGCAGUAUACAAUCCCUGUGAGUGAGCAAUCACAAACAUGUAGGCGGAUCUCAAACAUAGAAAAGGCAUCCGUAAACCAAACUAAUAACACAUCAUCGUGUGGUUCCGUAUUUUUGAAUACAGAAUUGCAAAGCAAUGGCGGUACUAGUCAAAAUUUUACUUACAAAGACACAACAGCAAUAAGUCCACAUAAGCGAGGUGCUUCUGAAUCUACCGGAUAUACACCAAACCUUAAAGAGGAAACUGUAAGACAUGGUUCCCAUAACGGAAGUGGCAACAAAAGUUUCGAAUACGCAGAGAAUGUUAAACGUGGUUAUCAAAGUGAUAAAACGCAGGACACUAAACAACGAAAGCAAUCGAACAAUAAAGUUGACUCCACAGGACAGUCCUCCGGAAGUGAGUCGAAAAAGAGUCUCGAUUCGGCCGAAUCCUUCCCAUCACGUGACACAGAGGAGCAGUUUUCGUUAGGUCGGGGAAAGAUGGCGGACGCUAAACCUGUAGAUUCUGAACCAAGUGCGUCCGAGAGAACACCUAAUCCAAGAGGGAUUGUUAAUAAGUUGUCUCCUGCUACACAAAAAGUGGAAGAGAAGAAAAAAAUCGCAGCUCCUAAAGUAAGAACAAGAGACAAGAUAAGGUCACGUGAUCGAUUCUUGGUUAUUGGCGGAGUCGAUCCAUUCGAGAUGACAGACAACGAAACGAGUCGAUUGGUGGAGGAGUUUUAUCCAAGCAAAUCGGAAUGGACAUCGAAGUCGAGCCUCCCUGAUGCCAGGCAUCAUACUUGUGCUUGCCUGCUAGAUGGAUUCAUAUAUCUUAUCGGCGGAUCUACCUACGAUCAACAAAAACCCGAAAACUUAGCCAAUCCAACAUCCACAUGUUUCCGGUAUGACCCUGAUAAGGAUUACUGGUCCCGAAUUUCCUCCCUGCAGACUCCCCGGAUGUAUCAUGGAGCCGGUGUCCUGAGUGGAGUAAUAUACGCAGUCGGUGGUCACGAUUACACUGGCAGGCCUUUAGAUACAGUUGAAUACUACAAUGCAGAUACCGACUCUUGGAACUAUGCGGCCAAUAUGACAGAACCCAAAUUAGGUGUGGCAUGCACAGGGUACAAGGGCCGCUUGGUUGUGAUUGGUGGAGCGGUUGAUCGUGGAGGUCAAAAGGUUGUCUUAACAACAGUGGAGUGUUAUGAUCCGAAACUCAACUGCUGGGUUCGAAAGAAAUGUCUCCCAAAGCCUCUAUGCCACGCAUACGUCUUAGAAGUAAACAACGACCUAUAUCUCCUCGGCGGAGCAACACAGGAGACCCCCGGCGGUAUUGUGUUGAGUUCCGGUACAGUGUAUCGUUACACGAAUCUCUGUGAAGUAUGGGUGGAGUUUACUCAAAUGAUCACACCCCGACACGACGCAAGCGCAGUGGCUAUAGGAUGUAACAUCUAUAUUGUGGGCGGGAUCAGCACGGCGACGGGAGAGGCCGUAGAAAGUAUGGAAGUCCUGGAUUGCGAGACAGCCACGUGGGAGGAGGAAAAUGAGGAGGAGUUUAGAGCAGUGGUAGGCGUGGCUUGUGUUAGGAUGCCCCGCCUUUAAUAAUGCUUAGGUGUACCAUGUGUUAGGAUGCCCUACCUUUUGAUAAUGCUAGAUGCCCUGUUCAUUAGACAGCUAUAAAAUAUCUCUGAUAUACAAAUCUGGUCUUCCUUGAAAACUAAAAACGUUAUUUAAAAAAAAAAAAUAUUAUAAUAUGUAUUGUGGAUUCCUGUAAAUACUUUGUACAAAUGAUUUGAAGUAAAAGUCAAUCUUAAAUUAG